AUUCGCGCUAAAUGUUAUUCCAUUAAUUCUGGAAUUUUUGAUUAUAAAUGCUUAAAAGACAUUCUAAAUAAUGUAUCCGUGCAAGAAGCCUUUUUACGAAAGGAUGUUGGCAUAAAUCGUUCGGAGAAUCCCAUAAAGGUUGAUGAU